AUGGAGGGUAAGAGGUACGCCACCUCGCGCAGAAAGGCCUGUCAGCACUGUUCCAGCGCCAAGGCAAAGUGUGACCUAAGAGAUGGCGGUUGCACGAGGUGUGCUCGCCGAAAUCUCUUUUGCGUUUAUCCCAAGGGACUAGGUGCGAAGGGUUCUGCAUACAAUUUAGACGGUCCUACAGACUUGGAGAACUCGCAGAUCCUUGCUUCUACCGACCGAGACUUUGAGUCGGGAACACAAAAUUCAAUGAUCGGCUCGGCUCGGUCUAUGGGCGAUGUUAAUGGCAGCCCAACAAAUACCUCUUUGACAGCGUUCAGUGAAGGACAUACUCCGACUAACUCCAAAUCCAAUAUCCCCAGACAUGUGGAAGAACCUGACUUCACCAUUUUGGAGCUCAUUUGUCCGAUCAAUGUUGAGGACAUCAGCAACCGCUGGCUGAACUCAUACGUCCCCUUUCCUGGUCAAAAACAGAAAGACUAUCCCGCCUCCGUCACGGCUUUCAUGUAUAGAAUACUUAAAUCAUACGCAGCCAUCACUGCACACGGACGUGGCCUCCCACCAUUCGUCCAUCCUUUGCAAGUAACACCUAAAUCGACCAAAUUACCUUUAUCUACAUGUCUUAGUCUAGUCCGAGUCUGCGACCAGCCGCGUCCCGGAAGCGAAGACUUUGCAGCAGACAUCCUUCGUCGAGAAAUGGGUACAAUCUACGAUCAGCGCAGAAAAUACGACGACAUGACCCUUCUCGCUGCUUUUCAGGCGUACAUGAUUUACUGCAUGGCGCUAUUCUUCACACUCAACCAAACCACUGACCCGUUCCUCCGACAGGCAAUGAUGAAUUUACAAGAACUCGCCUGCGCGACAAGUAGCCAAGGACUCGUUUGUACCGCUGAACGGCAACAUACACGCCCCAGAUGGGAAGCCUGGGUUGUCGCCGAGGCUAAGAGGCGGACUUUGUACGUAAUGUAUCUGUUUGAUAGCUUGCUAUUUGCUCAGGACGGUCUGCCGACUUUUCUGGGCACAGAACUAUACGGUUUACCAGCGCCGUCGGCGGGGGUGUUGUGGAAAGCUGGCUCGAGGCAGGAGUGGGAGAGAGAGUAUAACGUUCAUCUUGCCGAUUGGAUUGUCGCGGGACUGCAUAUAAAUGAGCUCUGGCCGAUGCCUGCGGAGAUGGAUGAGGCGGGAGUUGUGGAGCAGCGAGCGAGGGUAGAUAUGUGGUUGGAGGGUGUUGAUGAGUUUGGAACAAUGAUGUAUGCUGUUACGAAUUGUACGCAUGGUGGUUAA